GUGUCUUGGUGCUUUCCCAGGGCAAGCUGCCCUCGCUCCCGCCUUCAGCCUGGCUGGCUCUGGAGCUCCAGGUGCCGCAAACCCGUUUGAGCUCCCACCCAGGACCCCGUCUCCUUCCCGCCCCAGCGCGGCGGGCUCCUUCUCCCUCUUCUCUGGCCGACGAAGCCCAGGCUGCUGGGCACCUCUCCCGCUGCACACGCUACACACGAGUCGCGUCGCGUGGUAGGCUCCAGAGCCGAGAUCCGCUGCAGCCUCUGCCGCCUCCGCCUCCGCCUCCGCUUCCUGCGGUCGCCAAGGCUCUCCCUCAGAGUCUCUCAGAGGGGGUGUCUUCUCCGGACACUUUGAGGGGGUGGGGAAUGCAGCUAGGGGAUGGCAGUGCGUCUCCCCUCACCUGCCGUUGGGAACGCUGAGACCGUUGAAAAUCUGUCUAUGAGAACCUGACAGCUUUUCCUGUUGAUACUUUCCCCUUCCCCCACACUCCCAGCAUCACUGAAGCCCCCGAAAGGUAAUCUCAUCAGGGCCGCCAUUGCUUCAGCAAAACAGACGUCACUCUGAACUAUCAAGUGGCAGGUCUGAUCAGAGUGGACUUGCUCUCAAGCCACAGGUGAAACUAGUUGUGGCCACAGUCCCUAUUCCCCUGUGACCUGUCACCAGAACUCUGUACCCUGAAACUGCAACCUAGAACUGCAUAUGGGCAAUAGAGCUUCCAGUCAACACCAGCUAGAACUACUGUCAGCGUUAAGUCUGAACAACAGGAAGGAAAUUCUCCAGCAUUUCAUUUUAGCUGGUCUGCCUGUCUCCUUCAGCAGGAAAACUGCUGUAUAAGCCCCCAGGAGCAGUUGCUUCUGAAAACAGAGUCCAGAGUGCCCCAGGGGAAAAUUGGCUGAAUCAAAGGGUAAUCAGGACACCACGGCUCCUCCUGAAGCGAUGGCUCAGCCCUACCCCCAGGCCCAGUAUCCCCCACCGCCACAGAACAGCAUCCCCACUGAGUAUGUGCCACCCCACCCUCACCCCACACAGGACUACUCGGGCCAGACCACAGUACCAGAACAUGCCAUGACCCUCUACACACCAGCACAGACCCACCCAGAGCAGCCAGGCACCGACGCCAGCACACAACCCAUCACUGGGACACAGACAGUACCGCAAACAGAUGAAGCUGCACAGACAGACAGCCAACAGCUACAUUCCUCAGAGAACACAGACAAGCAGCAGCCCAAGAGAUUACACGUCUCCAACAUCCCCUUCCGGUUCAGGGAUCCUGAUCUACGGCAAAUGUUCGGGCAAUUCGGAAAAAUUUUAGACGUGGAGAUCAUUUUUAACGAACGGGGCUCCAAGGGAUUUGGGUUUGUAACUUUUGAAACUAGCACAGAUGCUGACCGAGCACGAGAGAAGCUGAAUGGGACAAUCGUAGAGGGACGGAAAAUAGAGGUAAAUAACGCCACAGCCCGGGUUAUGACCAACAAGAAGACUACGAAUCCCUACACAAAUGGCUGGAAGCUAAACCCCGUGGUGGGUGCUGUGUAUGGACCUGAAUUCUAUGCAGUGACAGGAUUCCCAUACCCCACAACAGGCACAGCAGUGGCAUACCGAGGGGCACACUUACGAGGUCGGGGACGGGCUGUGUAUAACACAUUCCGGGCUGCACCUCCUCCUCCCCCCAUUCCAACAUAUGGCGCGGCACUGGAGCAAACGCUUGUUAAAAUGCCAGUCCCAUGGGCAGGGCUGGCACCAUGCCCCCUCCCUCCUCAGCAGACACCGGAGCCGGCCUACCCCACCUCUCCAGCGUUCCCACCACUUUCUUGUCCGUUUGCUUCCAGGGUCGUGUAUCAGGAUGGAUUUUAUGGCGCAGAGAUUUAUGGGGGCUAUGCAGCCUACAGAUAUGCUCAGCCAGCAGCAACAGCAGCAGCUUACAGCGACAGUUAUGGCAGAGUGUAUGCGGCUGCUGACCCUUACCACCACGCCAUUGGCCCUGCUGCAACCUAUAGCAUCGGAACUAUGGCUAGCCUCUGCCGAGGAGGGUACAGCCGCUUCACCCCCUACUAGCAAGAGACCCAGCCCCUAACAGCAUUCACACUGACUGCUUAUUCCAAACCAAACCAAACAAACUAGACACCAGGCAGAUCCUCCGGGAAGACAAACUGCCCCAACCGGGUCAGGGACAUUCACCGCUGACCCUCCGCGACUCUAAAACCAUAGAUUUUUACCUCCAGUUGUUUCUCCCCGCCCCAUGGUGGUGUGUGUGUCUUUGUCCAUGACUGUACCUGUAUGUUUGUAACUAAUUUCCUGUAUUGAGUUUGUCGGUGUUGUUCCACUCCCAAACCAUCAAGGUAUGGUAUACAAACUGGGGGCCAUGGGAGGGGGGUAGGAGGGGAAAGGAGAGGGUCGAGAAGUUGAGCCUGGUGUCAGAGGAUCAAACCUCCCCCUCCCCAUGGCUCUGAUCCCUCAACACAUAGCUACCCCCAAGGGGUUAGCAAAAGGGCCUUGUGCCCUGGCCAAUCUCCCUACUUCCAUCCUAUUCCAUCUUUACUCUUCAAUCAACUGGCCGAAGUUAGGAACUCUUAGUGAAAGGAGUCAGGGCCACGGACCAUGUGCCAUUCUCCAAGUUCCACAGUUCAUUUAGUCAUACAUUCCUCCCACUCUGAUCCUUGCCGGAUGCUCUAUCCCCCUACAGUUAAUUGUUUCCCAUCUCCACCUAAUGGAUCUUGAAACUGCUGGAAGAAAUCUAUUUCAUAAAGAAAAAGGCAAGAAAAGGGAAUCAAUACUCUCCCAUCCUCUCUUCCAUUUUAAGUCAACCCCUUACCUCUCUCUGCUUCUCCCUCCCUCUCUUCCCUUCAUUCCCUAUAUCUGGUCUUCCUCUUCUCUUCUCUCAGCUGAAACAAAUUUUUAAAAAUUGAAUUAUAUAGAUUUCAUUCCCAAUGGAAGUUAUAAUCAUGUCCUGGCCAAAGUGUUCUUUGCAAGAAAUGAAAAUGGAAAUGACUUUUCCCUUUCCCAGUUCCCUGAAUCUGUCCAUAAGCCUUACAAUUCCCCCAUCACUAUCCCGCCCUAUCGCUCCUUUGUUCUAUGACCUAAAAACAAAGCCAUCAACAUCCUAGCUGUGGAGACCCCUAGCCCCCUCCUAGAGUGGCAGAGUUUAUUUUCCCAGCUCUGUCCUUGGUGUGUACUGCCUAGCCAAAGCAUCUCCCUUCCUGUGCCUACGCUCAAAAAAUGUCUUUAGUUUGAGUACAUGUAUCACUUUGCCCUUCAAAAAUUAAGCUUCUUAUAUAGGGACUCCUCACUGCUGGAUGGCUCAUCUCAGGAUUGAAUCCCUGGAUCCAGCUCCCCUUCCUACCACCUCCAACUUUAAUGCUGAUAGAUUUUGUUUUUUAAAUGAAUGUAUUUACAUGGCCACAGAGAUCUGCCUAGCCUGGUCCCGCCCAGCUCUACUACCGAUACCCAGACCACAGCUUGGAGACCCUCUGGCUAAUUCCUAAAUGUUAGACCUGGAAGAGAUGUCUAGAAAGGCAUCCCUUCAAAAUUCCUCAUUUUACAGGAGGAAAGUGAAACCCAGAGAUGUCACAGCGAGUUAACAGCAAAAUCAAAACUAAAACCCGAGUGUCCUGGCUCCAUUGCAACUUCAUAUUGCUCAUGAGAAAGCUCAGCUUUUCUGUUCCCGUUACUGUACAGAAAACUCCUUUUAGAGAGCUCACAGAGGGCCAACCAAGGCAAGGGUCCUUUUUUUUUCUAUAUCAUCCAUGGAUUUUAAAUAAGCUACUCCCUGAGCCUUUUUAUCAAGUGAGAUAAUAUUUGUAAAGUGCUUAGCACAGUGGUAGGCGCUAUAUCAGUAUGUCUUUCCCUCUUCUUCCAUCUUUCCUUUUUAUAACCAUCCCCCUAAUGGGAGUAAGCAUGGCAGGAGGUUUUUUUUUAUCUUCGACCGAGGAAAGCUAAGGCACCUGGUGUCUGGAAGGGACAAAGUUUCUGCUAUAAACACCCUGCCCCACCUCCACCCCCUACCCCAACAUCCCUAUUUGGAAAACUGUUCCUAUUAUUCCCCUCCCACCUUUCUUCUCUCAGGUGUCCAACUUGUCUCCUCCCUGAUGUUAAAAUUCGCCUUUUCCCACAUAUUUGUGACCACUUUUUCACAUCCUCAUACUUUUGCUGAACACUAUUGCCACAUGCUCUCGUCUCUGGUCCCUUCUUCUCCUUCUGUUAUGCCUCUCAGUCCUCCCUGUCCUAAACAGUCUGCUCUUAUCCCAGCUUAGCUUGUUCUAGCUUCUCCAUGUUCUACUUAACCUAGAGCUUAGCCAUAGACUAGUUUUUCUCCACCCCUAGUCCUGGCCUCAAUUUCCCAGGGUUAAAGGAUAAGUUAAAAUCCACCAUUUAGAGUGUAAAGCCAGCAGCCUCCUGAGGGUCAGAUGUGAAAUAUAUAUGUAUGUAUAUAUAGUGAGGGACUAGAGAAUGAGAACCUUAGGUGGGGCAAUGGGGUUCACUGUUCUCCCCUCUUCUCCCCCAGGGCAGUUUAAUCUGUUAAAAAGUAAAUAUUUGCCUCUAGCCAGGAACACCAACUCCUCCCCAUACUAUCUCACUAUCUCCUUCUGGGUUCAAAGGCCCUCCCCAGUGUCCAGGACCUCUGGGGCCUUGUCUUUGCACACAGUGUGUUGCAUCUGUGAAACUGUGCAAGCUUGGCUUUUUUGUUUC